AAUCAAAAAGCUCGAAUGCGGCAUUAUGGUUCGCCUUGGGGGCGGCCAUCUUUGCAGAGAGCGAACAAAGGGAUAGAGUGGAAGUCCAUAUACCACCGGACGAUAAAUAACAUCUUUUUACCAUCAGAGGCCAUGUCCGACUCCGAAAACCAACCGGAGAAAGAGGCCGAGGUUGAAAAGAAGGUCAUAGCAAACAAAAUAACGGGGACGGUGAAGUGGUUUAACGUUAAAAGCGGAUAUGGCUUCAUAAACAGAGAUGACACAAAGGAAGAUGUCUUUGUCCAUCAGACUGCCAUCAUCAAGAACAAUCCUAAGAAGUACUUGAGAAGUGUUGGGGAUGGAGAAGCCGUAGAAUUUGAUGUAGUUGAGGGGGAAAAGGGAAAUGAAGCAGCCAAUGUCACCGGACCUGAAGGGGCCCAUGUCCAAGGCAGUAAGUACGCCGCUGACCGCAGGCGCUACCGUCGGUACUUCCCCAGGAGGCGUGGGGGUGGACCAGGCCGUCCAAGAAGCGAGGGAGAAGAAAUCGAUGAAGAAGAGGAAACAGAUGAAGGAAAGAGACCCCCUCCUCGUCGCCCAUACUACAGGGGAGGCGGAGGAAGAGGCUUCUACAGGGGCUUCUACCAGGGUGGGCCUCGAAGACCUCCUCGCUACCAGAAUGCCAUCAUGGACGGACCAGGACGUCAACCUCAGUUCCGUAGGCCAUACUGGAGGAGAGGCUACCGAAGAUAUUAUGCCCAGGGUGAAGGCUAUGAAGGUCCCCCACAAUAUGGAUACCGUGGGGGGCGUGGGCGAGGCCGAGGGAGGGGCAGAGGUCGCGGACGUGGCAGAGGAUACUUCAGAAGGAGGGAGGAUGGAGAGAGAGGCAGAGAAAAUGAGAGUGGUGAAUCUCCUGAACCAACACAGGAAGGCAAUGAGGACAGAAACGAGCAACAGGAAUAGUCGUAACGCGUGUCAACACCUGGUUUGUUUUAACAACAGCCAACUUUUGUGUAUUACCAACCAGUUAUUAAUGCAUUUAUGUAGUCCUUUUCUUUCUUGAUAAGAGCUUUAGAUUGUACCAGCACAUGCUAUUGAAAAAGUUGUGGUCCUACUACCAGUUGAAGUGAAGAUUUUUCCUGACAAAUGACGGACAAUAGACAAACACUUGAAAAAAAAAAAUGAAAAAGAGAAAAAAAAGAAAACCUCGGUAAAAGUAAAUUGUUUGUAUGAAAGCUUACAAUUUUUUAUACAAGAUCUAUGCAAAACCUUACUUGUUACAAUUUUUUGUGAGACAAAGGUUUUAGUGCUACUAUUAAAGUCUGAACAAAUUUUUUUCACAUUUUGUACUUUAUAUUGAGAUGUUUAGGCGGUGAAAGCUCUCUUUCUCUCCAAGAGUGGACUGAGGGUGUUUCCCUUUUUAAUAAAUUAAAUGAAUUAUUUAAACAUCUUGAUUACAACUUUUUUGCUAUGUAAUUUUUAAUUGUACCUUUUUUGUAUAUUUGAACUAGCAUGAAAUGAAACAAAUGACAUGUGACAUCAAUAUUUGCAUAAAUAAAACAGCAAGUGCAUUCAACAA